AUGGGAAAUCAAAGCAUACAAUAAUAGUAAAAAUUAGGAAGUUAAAAACAAAAAGAAUCUCUACAGGAUAUUAAUAAGCAAACUUAAUUUAAGGAUAAAUAUUAGAACAAGAAUUUCAGAAAUUUACAAAGUUAAAUGAGUCAAAGAAGAAUUUUAAAGUAAUUACAUAUACAAAAUUUAAGUCAUUUAAUUGUUGAGGAUAUGCCUUUGUAUUCUGUGAAAUUAAUUCAAUACGUUUUCAAUUUUCUUAACAUCAAAGAAGUUUUAUAAUUGAAAUUAGUAAACAGAAAACUAAAGUUUAUGGUUGAACUGAGUAGCAACAUAUAUGCGAACUUUUUGAGUUAAUUAUAUAUAAGAAAGAUGUAAAUUUCAAGUUUCAUUGAAUAUGGAUCAGAUCUAAGAUUUUAAGCAGCAUUUAGUGAAUAGCUUCUAAAGAUUGAAUUGAAUUAAGAUGAAAGUUGGUUUUGGAUAUACCAAUCAUUUUAGAAGUCAAAGUAAUAUUAUCAAAAAAUACUUAGAUUAAUGAUGAAUUAAUUGAAUAGAGAGAUGAAUUUAACAUAAAAUUUGAGUGACUUAAUAAUUAAUUCAUUAAUUGAACCACUAUUGCCAAUUGCUAUUUUGACUGAUGAUUAAUUAAAAUAAGCUACUACAAGUUGGUUUUAAUUAUAUAUGGCAUAAAAUAGUGAUGAUGUUAAUUGUAAUAUAUCAGUAGAUUUUAAUCUAAAUGAGAAAUUUUAAUUUUAUUAUUAAGAAUGUUUGGAUCAGUAUAAAAUUUAAAACCUCUAACAUACAUAAUUGUUAAUGGAAAUAAAAUGGGUUAUUAUUGAUAAUUUUAUAAGAGAUCCUUCUACUAUAACCAAUGUACCAACUUUACUCAAUCUUGCUGCACAUAUUUUGCAUAUGUUAUAUUUAAGAUGUUUGUUUAGUAGAAAUGUAUUAAGAAUCAUUAAAAAAGGAAAAGUAUAAGCUUAAAUUUUAAAUUUCUAUAUUGUUUUAUGGAGAACAUAUAUGGGAACUAUUUGGAGUUUAAAUAUUUACUUUGAAGAAUUGUUUAAAUACAUAGAUUAAAUAUUUACUACAUUUUAUAAAACUAAUAUCCCUUCAUAUAGUUUCAUUACCAUAGCAGGAAGAAUAUGGACAUAAAUAAUUUUAUAAGACAAAUAUGAUUAAACUCAAUCUAAUGAUACAAUAGAAUAAAGCAUUUUAUAGUCAUUUAAUAUUUUAUUAAGUGAAAAAAGAUAUUAAUUACUUCAAAUUUUUAUAUUGGAUUAAGAUUAAUAAAAUUAACUUAGUAAAAUAACUAAAAAUUAGAUAUUUAAAGAUUAGUAUUUUUAAUAAAUAUCCAAUGCAAUUAAUUGUUUAUUAGGACAUUUAUCAUCCUCUUUGUUAGAUAUUUCUAUGCAUGAAUUAUCAAUUCAUUGGAUUGGUCACUCGAAAUUAAAAGUUGGACAACCAUAUGCAGCAUUAUUAUAAAAUAUUGUUAAAGAUACUCAUGCCAUUUAUUAAAAAGCAUCAUAAUUAUUUGGAUCAAAUUAUUCACUAUUCUAGGAAUAUAUUUAAUGUAUUUUAUAUUCUUAAAUAUUUUUUAGCUGAUUCUAAAUUCCUUUAAGAAAUCAUAAAUAGAUGGACUGUUUAAAUUAUUAUCUUACCUAUUGGAUUAAAUUAUUUAUAAGAAACUAUAAAAACAAAUCUAAGAAAAUAGAUUAUGAAUUAUUUAUCCAAGAAAUCAUAAAUUACUUAAAAUUAAGAUUCCAUUAUAUUAGAUACAAAUUAAUUUUCUAUGACUCCAAAUUCUAAUUUAGAAAAAUCAUUUUAAAUUGAUGCACUUACUAAUAUAAUCAAAUAGAUAAUCAAAGAAAAAAAAUUCAUAAAACAAGAAUAAACUCAAUAAAUCAUAGAAUAAAAUUAAGCUAAAUUGAUAUCAAGUAGAACUAUAGAAGAUUCUUCAAAUACUAAAUAUGGAGAUUUAUCUAAAUAUUCUAUGAGCAAUAAAAGUAGCUAAAUUACAGAAUGGAAAAGCUCUUACAGCUAAAUUUAAGAGUCUUCCUCUAAUAUUGAGUAGAGUGAAUAAGAAUAAACAUUAAUAAGAUAAUUAAGUAAUCAUUUUUCAAAUGAAAUAUGGGUGUAAUAUUUGAAUAAGAUAAAAUUAAUUGAAAUAGAAAAUUAAAUUAAAAUUGACAAAAGAAAUAGUGAAAUAGAAUGGAGGAAUAAACUGCGUAAAAUAAAUCUAAAUAUUCCAGAGCAAUAUGCUCAAAUAUUAGAUUUUAAUUACAUACCUGAUGUAGAAAAAAUUCUGAAUUAUUUUGAACAUAAUAACAACCAAGGAAUAGAAUAAUUUAUUGUUUCUGGUUAACCUAAUCAUUUUAUUGAAAUUAAUGCUAAUGGAUAAUCUCUCAUCAAUUAUUUAGACAAGUAAGAAAUAAUUUAGUGA